AUGAUCAACUGUAACAGUACAGGUAGAGAUUAUGCAUAUGUUAUGGGUUCUCCCUUUCGUAAGAAAAACAGGAAAUUUAGUGGUUAUCCAUGUGCCUCGGGGUUCGCUUUCUAUCCUGAAACAAAAGACUACAAAUUGUUUAUGGUAUUUGGCAGAUCAUUCCUCAAAGCUGAAGUGUUCCCAUUGAGGACAGGUGCUUGGAAACAAUUUAACCUGGUAAAUCCUUUCGGUGAAUGUUUUCUUAGUCCUGACAGUUCAGUGGUUGCGAAGGGAAUAUGGUAUCAUGUAGCAUUUACAAAGGCGAUCAAGGAUGAAACCAUGUCAAAGAAUCAAAUUAAAAGUGCUUUUGACAUUGUCAGUGAGGCAUUCUCAAAGAUCGAAGUUGGCCGACCUUAUGAUGAUAUCCGUAAGAAAAAAACAAGCCUUAUGGUGUACAAAGAAGGACUUACUAUGAGUGUAUAUAAUGGGACAAAGCAUCAACCUGAAAGCUUGAUAUAUAUGGAAAAUGAAGAACGAGUGUUGGACAAAGAUAUUGAUCAGUAA